AUGUCCUCUUCCCUAAGCCCUCGUAGCAUUCAGGAGGAGGACAUCUCGCAGGAUAACGCGCGUGAGCAGUAUUUUUCGACUGUGGAUGACCUUGCUCUCUUUACGAAAGGCAAGGGAAAGGAGAGGCAGUCGCAGCGAGAAUACACCGAUUCCGGAAGCGACGAAGCGGCAGAAUCAUCUCGCAUCGCAGCAUACCCCCCGACAAAUGACGAAGCCGUUGAAUCUCGUCGUGUAGAAGAGACUCUUCGUGCAUGGGAGGUUACUGAGCGACAACGACGGAAAGCAGCACGGGAGUCGACGCAACAGACGAACACGCAACCUUCCCUUGUUAGUGAUAUAUCCCGACGAGCAAGUUUACUUUGGCCAGGAAGGAAAUCUAAGCACCCUUCCAUUAGCGUUCCUGAUGGCCUGGGGAAUCAUAGGGUGUUGGAUCCCGUCGACACCCUCCCCUUGACCGACGUUAAUCUCAGUCCUACCCCUUCAAACGCAGAAUUGGACGAUACACCUACGGAAAACCCUUUUGCUGGUCCCCCCGAGUCUCUUUCCCCCUUCUCUGACUCUCACCAAGCCAAGCUACCAGAUGUAGAUCCCUCGAUACCAGUAAACCACCUCGCCUCUUCAUUUUCUAUGGCCCCCACAUCACGACUGCCGCCUCCAAAACCAUUGGGUCUUCCUCCCCCUCGAACCCCUCCUCCCCCAACAUCAUCCCCACCACUUUCAACCCCACCGCCAAAUACAACCAUUGGCGGUUCUGGUCAUGAGGUUCAAGUCCAGGAUUAUCGCUGGUGGCAUGAUUGGUUGUGUGGUUGUGGUGAAGGCGCGGACCGUGGUGGAGACUCUCAAGCAGGUCGCACCAACCCAUUUGAGUAA